UAAAACAUAAAUCCAGUAAAUCCCUAACACGACUGCCUUCUUUCAGUUGUUCCGUUUUGCUAUGUUUUGAUGGGAAUGCUCAAAGAUUACACAGCCUAAUGUCUACAUACAACGAAGGAAUUAAACUGUACCGUUUAGCUGGGUUUGUUUGGGUACAAACUUAGCAUCUACAAUCAAAAUGUUCUAGAAUUCAUGACAAGGCAACCGUAAUUUCUUCGCUAAACGUAGGAUCUUUGUCCUGACCCGGUAGUGAACCGUCCCUGGACGCUGCGUUUGGAGUUCAUGAACAUGGCGUGGAGGGGAUGCUUUGUGAAACUGACCAAAACAGAAUUGAUCAAUUCUGUCUCCACGGUAUCGCGGGGUUGCAGGUUGACCCUCCACCCCCAGCAGAAAUGUGGUUUUAGGAAAGAAGCGAGGAAACCGGAGACGCUUAAGAGGAACAGCGGCACCCCAAAAGAAAAAGUACCUCCUCCCUCUGAGGCUGGCGAUGCCGUGGUGCUUCGGAAGGCGGCACGCCCACCGACGGGGGCACCACCCCCUAACGCGUCCCCAAGGCACACUGGGAAGUUGUUCAAGCCCUUCAUAUUCACAAUAGGGUUUACAGGGUGCUCCUUUGGCGCGGCAGCAGUAUUGCAGUACGAGUCCUUGAAGUCACGUGUGCAAACAGCCAGGGACAAGACAAAUGGGCAAGCAUCACAGGACACAACGUACUGGCACAACUGGUGGAACCAGCUCACUGACUUCCAGAAACAGGCCAUCUUGCUCUUGUCGUUCGCGGACGAUAUCUGGAGCGGUCUGACGGAGGGGCAGCAGGUGGCUUCUGCGAUCAUAGCGGUCAAUGCCAUGGUUCUCUGCUGUUGGCGAAUUCCGUCUAUGCAACGAUCCAUGCUCAAGUACUUCAUCGCCAACCCAGCCUCCAAGACGCGGUGUCUUCCCAUGAUCCUCUCCACCUUCAGCCAUUACUCUGUGAUCCACAUGGCAGCCAACAUGUAUGUCCUGUGGACAUUCUCCUCCAGCGCCGUCUCUGUCCUGGGCAGGGAGCAGUUCCUAGCGGUCUACCUCUCUGCUGGUGUGAUCUCCACCAUGGUUAGUUACGUGUGCAAGACCGCCAUUGGAGGACGCCUGCGUCCCUCACUUGGGGCGUCGGGGGCCAUCAUGACGGUGCUGGCCGUGGUCUGCACCGAAAUGCCGGAGGCCAAACUCGGCGUCCUCUUCCUGCCAGUGGUCAGCCUCACCGCCGGCUACGCGUUGAAAGCCAUCGUUGCCGUGGAUGCAGCCGGCCUCGUUAUGGGAUGGAGGCUGUUCGAUCACGCGGCUCACCUUGGGGGUGCCCUCUUCGGAGUGUGGUAUGUGUCCUACGGCCACAAGCUCAUCUGGAGGAGGAGGGAGCCACUCAUCAAGGCCUGGCACGGCGUCAGAUCUCCGGGCCCUGGUGGACGGGGCGGGCCGGGGGGCUCUGGUUCCGUCGGGGGCCGACCUGGUCCCGUGUAGGAUCGGGCGUGGGCACUUCGGCUCCGGCGUCUGUGCUGAGGGGCAAGUCGAAGUACGGGGCGGGACUUCCGCUCGUCAUCCAGGUGACGGCUACAGAAAGCACGGCCGACGGCCCGAAGCUGUGUCCGCCCUCGUGGGUGUUCUAUCGGACCGUUGGGACGUUGACCCGCUAUGGCCGGUCUGUAACUGUUGGCGACGCGUGACGCUUCCAUCUCAUUCCUCCUCCAUCCUCGUCUACCUCACAGCGGGGUCUACCUGGGUGUGGUCUUGAUCUCCGCAAUGUCCUUCUGUCAAUCAACUGAGGUGGUGAAGGGACUUGCCCUCUGAUUGUUAAUGGCGUUCAAGUGUGCGGGUGUGAGUGUGUACUAGCUGCUAAUGUGGCCAUUAAUGACUGCUAUGCGUCCUGCAAAUAUCGCCUCCUGUUCGUGAGGAAGCGCAAAAACAAAAAAAAUACAGGUCUGGACGUGAGAAAAACAACAAAGUAAUUCUUCCGCAGCGUUCUUGUCAAUCACCUGAAGCCUCCUGGUCAUUCUAGGGAGAAGCGGAAACGCCAGACUUAGAAACAUGGUGAAUCCUGUCCUGCAGUAUUGUAGGGUAGAGACUGCGGGCACAGUGACCACAAAUACUACGCCACGGAUAUACUGUACAGCCCACUUCAGAAUCUCUGUGGUUCUUAACAGGAGUGGAGUGCAGUUCAGUGGUUUCACCACAAGGUGGCACCAGGUAAUACAUUUAUUUUCCAUUUUAGUCAUUUAGCAGAUGCUCUUAACUGGAGGGACUUAAAAUUAUUACAUUCGUCUUGAGAAGGACCAGCACUUAGCCCAGUGGUGAGAUGGAAGACGCAAAAUGAAUACAAGCAUUAGUUCACAAAGGUAACAGUGGGGGGAGUGGUGUAGGGAUAUUUUCAUAAAAUGUUAUUUCACAUUAACCUGAUGAAGAGUAGACAGAACGUCUCAUGUGAUCACCUGUAUAUUAAUUGAGUGUUAAUUGAUAAAACAUUUAACCAGGGCUCAUGUUAUUUCCCCAAACAGUUUAAUUAGUUAAGAGCGAGUCAUGAACUAUUGUUCUCAUGGUCAGUGCAAUGAGUGGUUGUUGUUAUCUCAUAUUGAGGACAGAAGGACCUGUAGCUUGUCCUUGACUGUCUUGGCAAAAUCUUGGGAGGAUGAGU